UCUAAGUGGCGGUCGUGUGAACGCCGGUGUCCGUCGUCGCACUUUCACGCCGGAGCACGUAUCAUCAGGACGCAUCAGAGGCCCGCGCAGAGGGCCCGUCAUACUCUGCGAACGCGACAACAACAGUGGCAACGACGACGCAGACGCCGAUGCCGACGCCGACGACGCCGACGACGACGGUGGCGAUACUCAGUGCCCUCAGUGGUGACAGUGUGACACAACGCGACGGGCCGGGCCCGGAGCGAAGGGCCUUAAUCGAAAUACCGUGGAUUGUACAUACUCGGCGCGGUGACACGUGAUCUUUUACAUGCGAUUGAACGUAAGGAGGAAAGAAAAAAAAAUAAACAAUCGCGUCGCGCGAUAUAUCACAUAUACCACAUAUAUUUUUCCCUUUAACGUGCGCGCGCGCGCUUUCGCCUCUUGCGCCCUCGUCGGGCGUUCCUCGAGCUCCUUGUAAGCGAGAGGCAGCGAGAAGAGAUCUGAGAGAUAGAGAGCGACAGAGAAAGACGUAUUUACGUACCGCGGGUAACCUAAAAACCGAUCUCGGUCCGGCGCGGCGUAUAGCGCCUUAGCGCCGAACGCGAUACAUCGGCAGGACGCGCGCGCAUGCGCGCCACUGCUCGCCGUCCUCGUGCGCGAAUUUUGAGCGUGGCUCACGGGGGAGGGGGGGUCACGUGUUAUCGUUCCGUUCCGGGGAAACCGCCAGGCAGUGUCAGUGAAGAAGUGCUCCUGAAAAGGUGUUGCGAUUUUUUUCGGGCAGUGGAGAGUGUGCGAGAAUACGCGUUUUCGCGCGUCGAUUCGUUACGUCCUCGUGCGCGAAUUUCGAGGGUUCCCUUCGGGAAGGGUACCGUUGGUUUAGAGAAGACAAGAUCGCCCGAUUCCCCUCCUCCAACAAAAUUAACAAAAAGGACCGAUAUAUUGAAACGUCAAGUUGUUACCUCGAGGGUGGUCGGGAUUUUUAGUGAACCGCCACGAGAGAUCGAUGAGAAAUUAAAAAGAUUCCCUCUCGAUCGAAAGAGUUGGAAGGUGAAAGAAAGAAAGAAAGACGAGCGAGUUCGGAAAGUUGUAAUCGCGCGUGGCGGGCGAAUGCAUGACAGAUCAUGGUUUCCGUGUCCGGACCCAUAUCCACGGGGAUCCUAGCGGGACGCCUUUCUGGAUCGCGGCAGAAUGGUGACGCGGAGGGCGAGAAGGACCUCAAGGUAGCGGAACGCACCAGAAUCCGGCACGAAUCUGAUCUUUACGUCAGGCCCAGCUGGACGGACGCCGCGAUAGCGUUGGAUCAGCUCGAGAAGGGAAAGGCUGAUGGUCAGAGAUCAGCGGUGUGGUUCAGGGCACGACUACAAGAUCAGCUGAGCCAGUUGGGCUACUUUCUGCAGAGGCAUGCCGGAAAGGUGCUCUUCGUGUCCGUCCUCGCACUGGCGAUCCUCUGCGUCGCUCUCAAGUCCGCGCAAGUCAACAGCAAGGUCGAGCAGCUGUGGGUGCAAGAAGGUGGAAGGCUACAAAAAGAACUUACCUAUGCAUCGGAAGUUCUCGGCGAGGCAGCCGCCUCGACGCAUCAGCUCAUCAUCCAAACGCCGAGGCAUUCCGGGGCGAAUAUCCUUCAUCCGGCCGCGCUCAAGGAACAUUUGACGGUGCUGGAGGCUGCGAUGAAUGUGGAGGUGCACCUGUUCGAUAUCACGUGGAAGCUGAAGGACUUGUGUUACGCGCCGAGCAUACCCAACUUCGACAUGCACUACAUCGACCAGAUCUUCGAAAGUAUUAUUCCUUGCGCCAUCAUCACACCACUUGAUUGUUUCUGGGAAGGUAGUAAACUUUUGGGUCCAGAGUUUCCUGUUCAUGUACCUGGUGUGAAGAACAACAAGCGCGUCAAGUGGACGAAUCUGAAUCCUUCCAUAUUGUUGGAGGAGAUAAAGGGUUUGCUGGUCUCAUUUCCCUUUAAAACACUUGAGGACUAUAUGAAGAGGGCCGGGAUAACGAACGGUUAUCAAAGCAAACCUUGCCUGAACCCAGAGGAUCCAGAAUGCCCGGAAACCGCACCUAACAAACAAUCCAAACAGGUACCUGAUGUAGGAGUCGAAUUGUCAGGUGGUUGCUAUGGAUUCGCGGCCAAAUACAUGCAUUGGCCGGAGGAACUGGUGGUCGGCGGUGCCAAGCACAACAAAACGGGCCAUUUGACUCGCGCGGCUGCGCUGCAAACUGUGGUGCAGCUGAUGGGCGAACGCGAGCUGUACGAUUUCUUGGUGAACACCUACAGGGUCCAUCAUAUCGAUUGGACGCAGGAGAAGGCGGCUAAAGUUCUAGAGACCUGGCAAAGAAUAUUUAGUAAUGAAGUGAAAAAGUUGAUGGAGAUCAACGGAUCGGCACCGUACAAUCUGUACGCUUUCAGCACGACAACUAUGAAUGACAUCCUUGGGAAGUACAGCGAGGUGUCCGUCAUGAAGAUCGCGAUUGGUUGCGUACUUAUGUUGCUAUAUGCUGGUGUAGCUCUUUUUCGUUGGAAAGAUCCAGUGCGUUCACAGUCCGGGGUAGGAAUGGCUGGCGUAAUGUUAAUUUGUGCCACAGUAGCUGCAGGAUUGGGUUUCUGCGCUCUUUUGGGGAUCCCAUUUAAUGCCACCACGACGCAAAUAGUGCCAUUUCUUGCCCUCGGUCUGGGUGUACAUGAUAUGUUCCUGUUAACGCAUACGUAUGCGGAACUGUCGGUAAACGAAGUGCCCAGCAGUGAGCAAACAGGAGUCGUUCUCAAGCGGACUGGCUUGUCGGUGCUACUGACAGGUCUGACCAACGUUAUUGCCUUCUUCGCAGCAUCGAUAAUUCCGAUCCCGGCUCUCCGAACGUUCUGCAUGCAAGCCGGUAUUGUGCUAUUGUUCAAUUUGGCCGCCAUGCUGUUGAUAUUUCCUGCGAUGGUCAGUUUAGAUCUACGACGUAGACGUUCUGGUAGGAAAGAUAUUCUCUGCUGCUGCUUACCGGCGUCACCCAAUCUCGGAAAGAAUAGGUACUCCGUAAAGACCAACGGCACGGCUAAGCAAACGGUUACCAGGGCGAUACCACCUGAGAGACGAGAAACCUGCACACAGAUCUUAACUCCACAGAAUACACAGAAUGAAUCUUGGAUAGGUGGAAAUGUUAUCGAUGCGGAACUGGAUAAACAGUGCACUGAAGAAGACGCGCUGACCGGCUGUUCACAAGAUGAUUGUCUGAGCUUUUCCUUGACGCAGCUUGCGUCUCGGCAUUACGCACCCUUUAUCAGUCGAACGGCUACCAAAGUGUUUGGCGUGAUAAUUCUGGUCGCCGUGUUAGUUGGUAGCAUAUGGGAGGCGGUAUCCCUACGUGAUGGCCUGGAUCUGACUGAUUUAGUGCCACAGAACUCAAAUGAGCAUGAAUUCCUGUCUGCCCAGGCAAAAUAUUUCGGUUUCUACAACAUGUACGCAGUCACCGGUCGAGAUUUUGAAUAUCCGACUAAUCAAAAAUUGUUGUUCGAUUAUCAUGACAGUUUUAUGCGGAUCAAGAACGUCAUCAAGAACGACAAUGGUGGUUUACCUGAGUUCUGGCUUAGUUUGUUCCGCGAAUGGCUAAAGGGUUUACAGGCCGCAUUUGACAAGGACUAUGAAAACGGCUGCAUCACUCAGGAAAGAUGGUUCCCGAACGCGAGCGACGAAGCAAUCCUAGCAUAUAAGUUACUCGUGCAGACCGGUCAUGUGGACAAUCCGAUCGAUAAGACGUUGAUUACUAGUGUACGACUGAUUGACGGUGACGGUAUCAUUAAUUCACGUGCUUUUUACAACUACUUGAGUGCAUGGGCGUCCAACGACGCGCUUGCUUACGGUGCUUCACAGGCAAAUUUGAGACCUGAACCACGUCAAUGGAUCUACAUUAAUGACCAUGAGCUCAAGAUUCCUAAGAGCAUGCCGCUUACGUACGCGCAGAUGCCGUUUUACUUGCACAGGCUCACGAAUACGCAAGAUAUCACAGAAUUGAUCAGUAGCGUCCGGGAACUGUGCAAAAAAUUUGAAGAACGCGGUUUGCCGAAUUUUCCGUCCGGUAUAUUGUUCCUCUUCUGGGAACAGUAUAUGAAUUUGAGAACCUCCAUGUGUAUCGCUCUUGUGGCUGCAUUGGGUGUAAGCAUCUUAGUGGUCGGAUUCCUAUUGUUGAACAUAUGGGCUGCUGUGCUGGUUGGUUUCUUUCUUCUCGUUGUUAUUGCUGAACUACUAGGCGUUAUGAGUCUGUUCAACAUCAAGUUAAGCGCAGUACCUGCCGUACUGUUAGUGGUUAGUGUGGGCAUAGCUGUUCAUUUCACGGUACACAUCUGCCUGAGUUUUGUCACUAGUGUGGGUAGCAGAAAUCGCAGGAUGCGUUUAGCUCUGGAACAUAUGUUCGCUCCGGUUGUCCAUAGUGCGUUCACUACGCUACUCGCCGUAGUGAUGCUCGCUUUCUCGGAGUUCAAUUUUAUAGUCAAUUAUUUUUUCCUUGUAUUACUCAGUGUGAUCGGUAUCAGUCUUGUGAAUGGCAUCUUUUUCUUCCCUAUUCUAUUGUCCCUUAUCGGUCCGAAGGCGGAAGUAAUUCCGAACGAUCAUCCGGAUCGUAUAUCCACGCCGACGCCGCCGGCAUCGCCCGUCGUGAGAAGAUCCAAGCCGCCCACACCACCGAGGAGAUCUCACAAAAUCGAUAAUGCUCGGCUGCAUGCUGAACCAUCGCUCACAACCAUUAGCGAGGAACCCAACUCGUGGCACAGUACGCAGGAAUCCUGUAUUAUUGUUCAACCGGAACUCAAGGUGGAGACCACGUCCACAUGUAAUCAGGUGGAAUGGAUCGUAGUGAAAAAUGCCGGCACUCGGGCAGCAAUAGUCGAAGGAGCUCGCGCUGCAAUACGAACGUUAAUGCUGGGGAGUCUUCCGGUUCCGAGCCAGAUUCAGACUCUAACGCAAAACAUUAAUAACAAGUACCGGGGGGACCGGCAGCUACUGCUCAAGUACCACGCAAAGCGGGAAAACACAGAAGGCUGACUAGGAUAGAUUAAUAGAUUUUCCAUUAUCUCUUCCUGUUUUCCUCUUUCCCCUCUCCUUACCUUUACUUAGCUCUCUAUUUUUCGGUUCUAAACUGUUUUUCUCCCUCAAGUGAGUAAUGCAAUGAAUUGUUUUACUCAAACUUUAAAGACAGAAGUAUUAUAACACAAACCGCAACUUCAUAAUAUAUAUAUGAAUAUUUUCAUUAAAAAUUUUGUUGCAUGUUUAAUUUUUUGUGUUUUUACAACGAAUUUUUUAAAGUUUUAAGUAGACCUUUUCUGUAAGAACCAACAUUGUAUUUACUUAAUUAGGAUUUGUUAUUAUCAGC